ACCGCGAGCCCCACAACCCACCACCCCCGAAACUGAAACGCGCCUCCCCCGCAGGGAGGGAUCCCCCCCGUCCCCCCACCCAUUUCAAUUUUCAAAAGCGCGUGGAGGCGCCGCACCACCGCCUCCGCCGCCGCCGAAGAGAGAGAGAGAGACAGAGGAUAGGAGAGGCCCCGCCCCCUCCUGAUCCUCGCCACCCCCUCCCCUAGCCCCGAUGUUGUCCGACCAGGAGCUGGCCCACUACGUGGAGUCCAUCGUCCGCCAGACCGCCGCGCAGGGCGGCACCGGGAUAUCCGCGGACUCCGUGGUGCGGCAGCUCGGGGCGCAGCUCGGCGUCGACGUCUCCCCCAAGGCGCCGCUCAUCCGCAGCGUCCUCGUCGCGCUCCUCGGCCCGGCGGCCGCGGCGCCCGACCCCGCCGCAUCGCGGAAGGACCCUUUCGACCCCGCGCCCACCGGCGCCGGCGCCGGCGGCGGUGGCCGAGCCCGCGGCGAGGCUCCCGCGCAGCUGCCCUUCUCCACCUCCGCCGCCGCGGCGUCCUCGGCCUCCGCCCCCGCCCCCGCGCCGGCCGUUCCCCACUUCUUCCCGCAGCAGAUGCAGUCCUACCUCUCCGCCUCGCAGCAGUACCAGCACCAGCAGCACCGCCACGGGGCGCCCCCCUCGCCGUUCGACACCGCCGCGUCGUACCGCUACGGGCAUCAGCCCUUCCCGCAGGCGGACCAGGCGCAGCUGCAGAGGCUCGUCCAGCUACAGCAACAGCAGCAUCAGCAGAUGGCCGCAGCGGCGGCGGCGGCGGCGGCUGCAUCUGCUGCGGCAGCCACUCCGGGCGAGAGUCCCCGUGCAGCGGCGGCGCCUGCUGGCUCGAAGAAGGACAGCAGUGCUAGUGCUGGAGCAAAACGAAGAGGUGGCCCAGGAGGAUUAAACAAAGUCUGCGGUGUGUCUCCAGAGCUGCAAGCUAUCGUUGGUGAACCGGCCAUGGCUAGAACUGAGAUUGUUAAGCAGCUUUGGGCAUACAUUCGCAAGAACAAUUUGCAGGAUCCUAACAAUAAGAGAAAGAUCAUAUGCAAUGACGAGCUCCGAUUAGUUUUCGAGACUGAUAGCACUGACAUGUUCAAGAUGAACAAGCUUUUGUCUAAGCAUAUACGUCCUCUUGAGACUACCAAUGAUUCGAAACGAGAAUCAAAGAAAUUGAAGUCAGAGGGUGGUGAACCUAUUUCUCCUGUUUCUCCUGUUGAAACUGAUGUUAAGCAGCUGCCCUUUGUCAUUUCUGAUGCUCUGGCCACCUUUUUGGGGACUGGAGAAAGAGAGAUGCCCCAUUCUGAGGCUGUUAAGCGUGUCUGGGACCACAUUAAAAGCAAUAAUCUAGAGGAUCCAGAGAAUUCCACAGUGAUACUUUGUGACUCGAAACUUAAACAACUAUUUGGAUGUGAAAGUCUUACUGCUCAGGGUGUCUCAGAGUUGGUUUCAGAUCACCUUUUUAAGCAACCUACCAAGAUCUGACUGACAAAAUGUCCUCUGGGCUCUGGGCUAACAUCCUGGUAGUAGGCACUGAUGAAACGACAGAAAUCUGCUGAAAGUGUUUGUUAACUAUUUCUUAUUGUUGGGCUGGUUUACCUGUGAGAAAUGGUGGCUAAUCUCUUCACAGUAGCAAGGAAUGGGAGUUGUUACAUAGUCUAGCCUGAAUGUCUGAUGCUCGCAAAAGGUCAGACGUAGUAGUGUAUCUGACUUUCUAGUUUGUUAAAUAGAAAGCAGUGUCGGAGCGAAACUAAAAGGACAGCGAGAGCUGAUGUACUUUGCCUGAUGUAAAUUCAGCUAUCGUAGGUGCGUUUUCUGGUAAGAAGUUGCUUUCUCGUUUGCUACCUGAAAGCCUCUUACAUUGCUAGUCCUUAGUUGACUUGAGACACCUGUACCCCCAAUAUUAUGUUCCUGUGGGUGAUACCUAACUUAUACAGUUAUCGAACGAUCA